AUGAAGCAAAAAAUAGUUAUCAAGCUGCAAAUGGACUGUGACAAAUGCAGAAACAAAGCCCUCAAAAUUGCAGCAGAGGUACCAGGUGUGACUUCGGUGGCCCUGGAAGGCGAUGACAGCGACCGCGUGGCGGUGAGCGGGAUAAACGUGGACACGGUUUGCUUGGCGAACCAGCUGAAGAAGAAGUUCCGGUCGGUGGUGAUUGUGACGGUGGAGGAUCUGAAGAAGGCGGAAGACGAGAAGAAGAAGAAGGACGAGGAGAAGAAGAAGAAGGAUGAGGAGGAGGAGAAGAAGAGGAAAGAAAGGGAAGAGAAGCUGAAGAAGAUGUUGCAUGCUGCUCUGUGCAAAAAGUGCAAAAGCUCGAGUUGCCAUGCUCCAACUGCAAAGGUUAUUGUAAGACUCCUUCACCGUGCCCUAAAUGGUGCACCUGUCACAAAUGCUAUGUACCCUAUCAACCUUGUUACUACCCUUGUCCUCCCCAAGUAG